AUCCAGCAAUGGGAACAGAAUCUGGAGAAAUUUAAUAUGGAUCUCUUCAGGAUGCGCUGUUACCUAGCCAGCUUGCAAGGUGGGGAGUUACCCAAUCCAAAGAGUCUUCUGGCUGCUGCAGGUCGCCCUUCAAAAACGACACUAGGAAGGCUUGGCAUCUUCUCAGUCUCCUCCUUUCAUGCAUUGGUCUGUUCCAGGGAUGAAGCUGCUCUUAGGAAGCGAACACUGUCCCUGUCCCAGAGAGUAUGGAGUAAGAAGGGUUUGUUUUCCUCCCUUAAGGGGUUGGACACUCUGGCAAGAAAGGCAAAGGAGAAAAGGCCAUCGAUAACACAGAAAGUAGAUGAAUUUCUAAAUGUGUACUACUUGACUCCAGAGAAUGCCGGAAAAGAAAAUACCUGGGACAUCCAAACAUAUGUUCAUUUUCCUGAUGGUCAAGGCCUAAUGUUCACUCUUAAACCAGAAGACAGAAUAGAGGAUGUUUUGGCUUUGGCUUGCAAGAUUAAGCAGCUGGAACCAAGACAUUAUGGCUUACGGCUCAGAAGGCUUAUUGAUGAAAAUGUUGAGCACUACGUUCCUGAAGCAUAUGAAUACAUACAAGACCAGAUAUAUGAUGAAAUAGAAAUCUUUCCUUUAAGUGUCUACCACGUGCAUCUUACUAAGAAUGAAGGUGUAACUGAUUUUGGAUUUGCAGUCACUGCACAAGUUGAUGAACACCAACAUCUAACCCAGAUAUUUGUAAGUGAUGUUCUUCCUGAUGGGAUGGCUUUCAAAGAAGGGUUGCGUGUGGGCAAUGAAAUCUUGACUAUAAAUGGAAAAUCUGUAUCUGAUCUUGACCUUAGACAGAUGGAGCUAUUGUUCUCUGAGAAAAGUGUAACUCUCACUUUGAGUACAAGUCACAAUGGCAAUAAAAGUGCAUUAUGUACUUCGUGGUCAGAUGCUGAGAUUUCCAAGGAAGCAAGAAGCUUGUUGCCCCCUCCAAACCAGUCACAACUCCUGGAGGAAUUUCUGGAUAACUUCAAAAAGAGUACUACAAAUGAUUUCAGCAACGUGCCUGAUGUUGCAGCAAAUGUGAAAAGGAGCAGUACGGACAGCAUUCUGGAUGAGGUUCCACAAAAGGAGAAACCCGAGCUACCUUUCAGGAGCACUGAACAGAUUUCAGCAUUGUGUCCAAAUUUCCAUGAAGCCCAGGUAAACAGUAUGGAAGGAAUAAAGGAAGGGCCUCCUUUAAAACAAUUGGCACGGCAACUUACAGAUGCAGACAGACUUAGGAAGGUCAUCCAAGAACUUAUGGACACCGAGAAAUCAUACGUAAAGGAUCUGAGUUGCCUCUUUGAAUUAUACUUGGAGCCUCUUCAGAGUGAGACCUUUCUCACACAAGAUGAGAUGGAGUCUUUGUUUGGCAGCCUGCCAGAGAUGCUGGAUUUUCAGAAGGUGUUUUUAGAGACCCUUGAAGAUGGAAUUUCCUCCUGCCUGGAUUUUAAUACCCUUGAAACCCCUUCUCAGUUCCGGAAGCUGCUAUUCUCCCUGGGAGGCUCUUUCCUGUAUUAUGCCGAUCACUUCAAACUGUACAGUGGAUUCUGUGCAAACCACAUAAAAGUCCAGAAAGUUCUUGAAAGAGCUAAAACAGAUAAAGCCUUUAAGGCAUUUUUGGAUGCUCGCAACCCUGCAAAGCAGCAUUCUUCCACACUGGAGUCCUUCCUCAUCAAGCCAGUGCAGAGAGUGCUGAAGUACCCCCUGCUCCUAAAAGAGCUGGUGUCUCUGACGGACACUGAGAGUGAGGAGCAUCACCACCUUACAGAGGCACUGAAAGCAAUGGAAAAAGUGGCCAGCCACAUCAAUGAAAUGCAGAAAAUUUAUGAAGAUUAUGGUGCAGUGUUUGACCAACUGGUUGCAGAUCAGAAUGGAAUUGAGAAGGAGGUCACUGAACUCUCAAUGGGAGAACUUCUUAUGCACUCUACUGUUUCGUGGUUGAAUCCGUUCCCAUCCCUAGGCAAAACCAGAAAGGACUUGGAACUCACAGUGUUUGUGUUCAAACGAGCUGUCAUACUAGUAUAUAAAGAGAAUUGCAAGCUCAAAAAGAAGUUGCCAACUAAUGUCCGUACUACACAUAAUCAUGGUGACUUGGAUUCAUUCAAGUUCCGCUGGCUGAUUCCUUUAUCUGCUCUUCAAGUCCGACUAGGGAAUACAGCAGGAACAGAAAACAACUGCAUCUGGGAAAUGAUUCAUACUAAAUCAGAAUUAGAAGGAAGACCUGAAACAACCUUCCAGCUGUGUAGCAGUGACUGCGAAAGCAAGACCAAUAUAGUCAAAGUGAUUCGUUCAAUACUAAGAGAGAAUUUCAGGCGCCAAAUAAAAUGUGACUCGCCUUUGGAGAAAACAUGUAAAAGUCGGCUGGUUCUGCAUAAGAAUCGAAUUCCUGUUUCAGCAAAACUGGCUUCCUCAAGAUCCUUGAAACUACUGAAGAGCUCUUCCAGUAAUGAAUGGAGCACUGAGGCUGGCAAAGGAAAUUCUCUGGAUUCUGAUGAAUGCAGCCUCAGCAGCAGUACUCAGAGUAGCAGCUGCCAUACCACAGACAGCAUCCUGGAGUCUAAAAAUUCAUCUCCUGUGAAACAUCUGCAGAACUCUGCAUCUGAUUUCUCCGACAGCCCUGUCAAGGAGUCUGACAUUCUAAGUGACGAUGAAGAUGACUACCCACACAUUCCGAAGAAAAGCAGCCCCACAAAGGACAUAGAAAUCCAAUUCAAGCGCCUGAAAAUUUCCGAGAAUGCCAGUGAGGUCACAGAGGAAAUGUAUCCUCUUGAGAGAGAUGGUGGGCAUGGGGCAGGAGAACAUCCUAAGCUGGUGCGUGCCCACUUCUGUCCCAUUAAACGGAAGGUGAACAGUACCAGACGUGACAGAGGAACUUUGCUGACCAUGCAAGAGCAUCACCAGUCACUUGACAGUCAUCCUGAUGCUUCAAGCUUUGAUCUUAAUUCAAUAUUAGAAAGGGAAUUUAGUGUACAGAGCUUAACUUCAGUGGUUAAUGAAGACUGCUUUUAUGAAACUGUGGACAGGCAUGGAAAGUCCUAGCUUCACGAGGCAGAUUUUUCCUCCCACAAGAUUCCAAAACAGAUGAUUGUUGUAUUCUGAGAAGCUACUAACUUUUCAACUUAAUGCACUACUGUGUUUCUCCACAGAAGUAGUUGUAAAGGCUUAAGUUAUUUUAAUUUAUUGUGGAACAAAAAAUAAUUAGUUUAAACCACCCAGAAUCUGUAAACUAAGUUCUCUUUUGCAUAAAAUUAGGUAGCUUUUAAACAUUAUGGGAAAAGAGAAACGGGGGGGAAAUGAUCUACAAUUUUGAUAAGGGUCCAAACAGCUUUAGUGAUUUGGGCAUUUAAUUUCCACAGUUUUAAUUUUUGCUUUAUUUAAAGCAGUUGAGGUUUUAAUUGAGCUUAAAAAAAAUAAAAA